AAUGAAGGACAACUGUGUCUUAAACUUACCUUCUAAUACAUCUUAUCCUUAGGAAAAUCAAUAUGGUUAAUAAAAUGAAAUUAGUGAGACCAAUAGCAGUCAAAGAACGAAUAAUGGAAGUGAAAUGGGUUUUAGUUAAUAAGUAAGGAUAAUUAUAAUGAUUUAUAGGAUGGGAGCAAGAAGACAGAAGGUAUAAAAAAGAAAAUCAACAAGGAAUAAAGUUAAAAUGGGAUAAAAAAUCAAGGCCAUUGGACUAAUCAGGAACAUCAAAUAUAUGUAGAGUUCUUAGAGUAGCAUCACAGCACAUCAAUGUAGAGCCAAUAAAAUAGAAAGAAUAACAAAAUCUUUAAGUUGAUGUCAUAAACAAUUGGAACCAGAUCUCCAUCUUAGUGUAGGUAAAAUAAAGUAAUAUGUAGAUCGCAUCAUCAGAAAUUCAACCCUUAUACUGCAGCAGGGUAAAAGAGGAACAAAAGAAAUCAAAGGAGAAUUUGUAAUUAAAAGUUGGAUGGAGAGAACGUAUUAAAUAUCAUAGCAAAGCCUAUGAUAGAAUAUAAUACUCCAAUGGUUAAGCCCAUUUUAGGUAUGAUUGAUGAAAAUACUUAUAAGAUUAAUGUUAUGAUGAGUGCGAUGAUUACAUCUCAAACUAUGAGGAUUCACGUCCUUAGUUAUACAACUAUUGUCGCAACUCCAACUUCAAUAAUGCAUACAGAAAUAGAUGGGAUCGUGAUUAAGACCUUUAUUGAA